AUGCAGCCCAGCUACACAUUAUCCCAUAGCCAAGCUUUCCCAGAAAUGAUACCAAAUGCACAGGUUCUGCAAGACAUGAUCAAUAGACUUCAGCAAGAGAAUACUGCAUUGAAGGCAGAACACACUGCCAUGCAGCUAAUGUUAAACCAGCCAGACCAGAGUGCUUUAUCAGAUGGAUUUCUCAACAUCUCACUGAAAUCACUGCCAAUCACUACAAUGCCAUUCCUCAAUGAUUGGAAGGCUUUUUGUAUGACAGUGCAAGGACAAGCAUCCUCUGCUAUGGCAUUUAUUGAAGAUGCAAAUGGACAAGAACUUGCAAGUGAGAAAAUUACCAAUGUCCUGCAGACCAUGCAGAGUAUUUGGCAUGAGUUCCAUACUCAUGGACUCGUUGAUGCCCAGACUACCUGGACAUUGAUGUUGCUGCAAGUCAAGAAGGCAUUCCACAGUGAGCUCAUUCAGGCAUUUCCAGAGCUAAACUUUUGCAAAGACUCAUGGAAGAGUGACCUCCUUGCUAAGAAGCAUUACUUGUCUUUCAAACAAACCUGGUUCACAAAUAGGAUGGAUGAAAAAACCAACAGCACUACCAAGCACAAGACAAAGAGCAAGGUAGCUGAGGACACAGACUCGCAGACUGGAGUCAGAAACAUUAAGUGCAUGAAGAUUGACAUAUUCAUGGCCCCAGACAACAGAAAUGAUGAUGGCCUGCAAGCUGACAGUGCCAACAUGUCAAGCAUGCCUGUCAUCCCAGUUGUUCCAACACUGAACACAGUUGAGCAGGAGGAUGACACUGGUAUCAGCAUGGCUGCAUGGCUGAUUAAGAACCCCCUAUCCUCUUUGCAUCCACCUCCUGUUGUCAGAGAUUUUCUAGAGCUGAUCAUGACCAUAUCUGAGUGCAUGAGCACUAUUGACAAAGGGGAGUCUCAAGUCAAAGCCCCAAGUACAACAAAUGGCCCCACAACCCACAGAUGGAAUGAAGAAGAAGGUGUAGCAUUCUCAUUUGAACAAGAGUGGCAGAAACAGGUUGGCAGAUCACUAGAGGAGUUCAACAAGUACUUUGAUGAGUUGCCUUCCAAAGCAAAGGUGAAAUACAAAGAUGAGGCAAACAAUCUGACAGGCAAGCAGGAGCAGUGGGGUGAGGGCAGUGUGGAUGAGAGGGAGCACAGGCAGUGCAAGGGUGGAUUGUCAUAUGGUGCAUGUCACCUAGUCACCACUAGUUUUGUGCAGUGGCCAAUUCAGGUGGCCGCAGCUGGUCAUGCUGCAAAAGCUAACAAAAGAGCUGAAAAUAUCAAAACCUACCCUGAGACAGAUGUGGGUCUCAAGACCCUGAGUUCUGACACAGAACGAGAAGGGGGUACUGCAGAUCAAUGCAGCUGGGAUGGAGCAAUCAACUGCUUGGCUUUGGAUUCUGCCACUAGCAAUGAUGACAGCCAAGAUGAGGUGGAUGUCUGGGAACUGGAGGGCACAGAACUCUUGCAAAGUUUAGAGUUGUGCUUUACAAAGGAACACAAGUUGCUUACCACUCCAACACCAUAUCAGCUGCUGCAGCAUGGAGCAAGGCAGAAAAAAAUUGCCAUCUUGGGUACAAUGGUUUGUUGGCAAGAACAAAGCAGCAGCAUGAUCAGAGGGUGUGGGAAAGAGAAGCAAAGGAUGCUGUGGUGUGUCAGAGAUGUCUUUACUGGAUAUCUGUCAGAUCUGCCAACUUCAGACUCUGAAUCUGGCUCAGGUGAUGAGGAUGAGCUUGACUCUGGAGUGGACCAAGAUAAGGAUGGCUCUGAAGGUGAUGAAACCACACACCCAUGUCCUUUCCCAGCACAACCACCACCACCUUUGAAAAGAUGUUGA